AUGAUUACGAACUGGAGAAUGCAAGAUGAAGAUCCAGUAACAUCCCGUGCCAAUAGAAGAGACUACUUGGCCGAGGCCCGAAAACUAAUGAACGACUUUAGUGCCGAUGCCGAUGUCGUUGCAGGUACUCCGGUUGCGCUGAUGACCAUGUUCAACCACAUCGAGCCAGUUAGUCCGUCACUUUUCAUCGUCGAUGAGGUUGGUCGAUUGACGGAAGCCAUGACGUUUGUGACAUCUGCUCAGCAUGCUAAUACGCCCACUAUUCACAUUGGAGACACGAAGCAGUUUGGACCGAUGGCUGUUGCAGAUCAGGAUAAGAAUUACAAGGCGCUCUUCACCCAACAACGCAAGCACAGCCUUAUGCAAAGGCAUGAGGGAGCCGGGCUGAUUGACUUCGUCUUGGCCGCAAAACAUCGCGCAAAUGGCGAUGUUCAUGAAUGGGCGCGUGGAUAUUUGUACAUGUCCGAGAUAAAGACUGUUUACCGUCGCGAUGCAUACUCAGAGCAAAUGCAUCAGUGGAUCACAGAUGAAUGCGGCAGAAGCUAUAGCCAGAAAGCGACCCUAGGAUUGAACAUGGUUUUGGUCGAUGUGCAGGAAGGCACAGAGCAGAAGGUAGGAUAUUCAUACACUAAUCCGGGUAACGCGAAUUUCAUCCUUGCCUUGAUCUCGCGCCUCGCAGCCUCCGCCCCCUUGUACCCAGUGCAGUCGUUUAUGGAGCAUCCAGAAGCAGACCCCUCUACCUACGCAUGGGGGAAAAUCCUUGUCAUCACUGGAUACAAGCAGAAGAAAAUUUUGCUCGAGAAAAAGCUUUCGAAGCUGUCGUCCGCAGAGAUUCCAAGAGGUAUUGUGUCUGUUCGUACCAUCGAUGAUUCGCCAAGCCACCAAGCUGAGGUCGUCAUCUGCCAUCUUGCACGAUCGAAUGGACCUGGCUUUCUGAGUGAUCUCAAGAGAUUGGCAGUAAUGACGACACGAGCACAAGGAAUGACAAUCCUUGUUGGACAGGAAGCCAUGUUCGCGGUGAAAAAUUCGGCCAUCUCGGAGUUAUAUAAUUACCUCAAAUCUCGAGACAGUAUCGUCAAGGUCUCCGGAUGGAAAGUUGUUUACAGCCACUGUUUGAUACCUUGA